AUGGAGGACUGGCGGGUUGACAUAGCGGCGGCGAUCGGGAGGGGCACGACGGAUGCUCAGGCCUGUCACCCACUACGAUGUGCUCCGACACUGGUGAAGCAGCGGGCGAUGUACGGCAUCCCAGAUGUGUUCCGUGGCAUCGUCUGGCAGAAGCUGUCCGGAGCAGACGCGAUGAGACAGAGCCAUCCGUCUCGGUAUGCGCAAUACUGCAGGAUGAGCGCAAGUGCAGAUGGGAGAAUAAAGCGCGACUUAGCAAGAACCAUGCCUAGGAAUGAGUUUUUCAGCGAGCGAGGCCGAGGAGGUCAGGUGCUUCUCUUCAACGUCGCACACGCGUAUGCAGCAUAUGAUGACGAGGUGGGAUACAGUCAAGGAAUGAACUUCUUGUGUGCCAUCCUACUGCUCCACAUGCGUCAGGAGCAUGCAUUCUGGGUUCUGGUCUGUCAGCUAGUAACGAUCAUGAAUCACCUCGCCUGCCAGCUGGCUGUGGAGCUCUUCAAGCUCGAUCGCCUCAUUCUGUCUUGCACGCCUUCGCUGCAUCAGCACUUUGCGGAGCAAGGCUUUGACGUUACAACCUUCACGUCGGAGUGGCUCCUCACGCUGUUCGCCUACUCGUUCCCCCUCAACUUCACCUACCGGGUGUGGGAUGUCUUCUUCAUCAAGGGUUUCACCUACAUCCUUCAGGUCGCCAUCGCCAUCAUCCGUCAGUUCGAAGGCGACCUGCUGGCCCUUUCGUUCGAAGAGAUUGUCUUCCUCUUGCGCGACAUCCCCUCAAGGCUUCACCGUGAGCCCAAACUAGCCGACGCGGUGAGUCUUCUCUUCCUUCUCCUCCUUCCUUGA